UCCCACAACCCAAUCGCCAUGGCCAAAGGAACGACGCUCGGAUCCCCGUCCAAAGAAGCAGCCCAGGCCACCGCGCACGAACCGGCCGCAGUCUUUGGGUCGCCUGCUGCAGGCUGGCUGUCUCUGCUGCAGCAUACCACCAAGAGCCGCUUCUGCAAACUCGCCCUGAUCAGCUCCAUCCUCUUCGCCCUUCUGUGCAAGUGGGCCGUGGGCCUCAACGGAUACUCUGGCAAGGGGAUCGAGCCCAUGCACGGCGAUUUUGAAGCACAGCGGCACUGGCUCGAAAUCACCUUGCAUCUCCCGACGGCCUACUGGUACAAGUACGAUCUCCAGUAUUGGGGUCUUGACUAUCCUCCGCUGACUGCCUACCACUCCUGGCUCCUGGGCUGGAUCGCCCAUCGGAUCCACCCGGAAUGGGUUGCCCUCUUCACGUCCCGAGGAUACGAGAGCACGGCGCUUCAGGUGUUCAUGCGGGCCACGGCUCUGGCCACGGAGUGUGCCAUCUAUCUACCGGCGAUCAUCGUCGGAAUCAAGUCUGUAUGGGCCAAAGGCCGCUCCGGCCUCGAGCAGCAACUUUUGGUCUUGGCCGUUCUGCUUCAGCCUGCCUUGAUCCUCGUCGAUCACGGACACUUCCAAUACAACUCCGCCAUGCUCGGUUUUGUAGCCUGGACUGCGGCGCUCGUGGGAUUUGACCAGAAUGUUCUGGCUGCCAUCACAUUCUGCUGCGCGCUGUUCUUCAAGCAAAUGUCGCUCUAUUACGCUCUGCCGGUGUUCUUUUAUCUUCUCGGGAGAUGUAUUAAGGGUCCAAAUGGGCUUCUCACCUUCGUCUCGCUCGGAGCCACGGUCGUCUGCUGCUUCGGAGUGCUUUUGGUGCCGUUCCUCGGCUCUGUCGAGAGCCUCCUGCAAGUAUUCCGGCGAGUCUUUCCAGUCGAGCGAGGGCUCUAUGAAGACAAGGUGGCCAAUGUCUGGUGUUCGCUGAGCGUACUUGUCAAGUUGCGCAAUCUGUUUGAAGUCCAGCAGCUCGUGUAUCUGAGUGCGGCAUUGACUCUGUUGGCCGUCCUGCCUUCCGGAAUCAAUUUGCUACUCAAGCCCUCUCCGAAGCGCCUUCUGUACGGAUUGUUGAACGGAUCCCUUGGCUUCUUCCUGUGCUCAUUCAUGGUUCACGAAAAGUCGAUACUGCUGCCCCUCUUGCCUGCCACGAUCCUGCUGCUGGACGAGCCUGUGGUCGGUGUAUGGUUCAACAACGUUGCCAUGUUCAGCAUGUUCCCGCUGCUGAAGAAGGACGGCCUUGUCAUGCCGUACAUUCUGGCGGUUGUGCUCUGGAACUGGCUGUUUUCGUUUGGAUGGAAGCGAGCCUCUGGAUUGGUCAAGCUGGCCAAAGCGAUUUCAUACGCUGUCAUCUUCGGGUUGCACGCCAUGGAAGCCGUCGUCCCUCCGCCUCCUCGGUAUCCCGAUAUUUAUGUGGUCCUGAACGUGCUCUUCAGCACAUCCAUGUUUGUCGUGUUCUUUGGAUACUACAACUACAGACAAAUCCUGAGUGGUGCAUUGGAUCGCGACAGUCGAAAGCAGAAGGCGGCCUGAGUGAAGACCGUGCCACCGAGAUGAAAAGUUGCCUCCACGUCUUCGCCUCAGUAUCAGAUCGCCCACUCGUCGUUGCUGAGCCAAAUAGAACCACCCAUAGAGGUCAUCACACUCCUG